CAGGCAGCAUCACAUCACACAGACACACAAUCUAAAUCACAGAUUUACAAUACACACUAACACAUUUCCUUCACAGAAAAAAAAACACUUAUGCUAGUAGUUAGUAGUUGUGAUGUGACUAGUUUCAAAAUUAAAUUUCGUUUUUCAGUUUGAUUUGGAAAAAAUGGCAAAUGUGUAUGAAUAUCAUGCGCCCCAGUUCCGAGACUUCAAUUCAGGAUUUGAUGACAGUGAUGAAGCAGACAAAUUCUUUGAUGUUGAAGAUGAUCCUUCUUUCAAAGAUGAUAACAAGGAAAAUGAAAAGAACAGUGCAGCAACCAACGUUCAAAUUGAAGUGGCUGCCAAUGACAACGAAAGAAAAAAGAUUAUUAAAACCAGUUCAACUGGAAAACAUGAUCAUGAUCAAAACAAAGAAAAAGAAAUAUCAAAUAAUAAUUCUCAGAGCACCAUAAAAAGGGAAAGUUCUGAAGUUGAAGUUUCUGAUACUCUAAGUCAAGACCUGAAGAACAUAUCUUUAAGAACAAGAAAAAGGACCCAUUUUGAUGGAAUUGAAAUCAAAACUGAUAUUGAAAAACAACACUCUAUGGUUACAAGAAACGAUGAAAAGAUAAAAACUCCUAAAAUAGAACUACGCACAAGAUCUAUAGCUAAGGAUGCUGACCUAAAUAAAAAUCGUAAAAGAAAAAGCACUUAUGCAGAAGAGAUGAGAGCCCCUGAAAAGUACAUGGCGAUGGCAGAACAUAUUUUACACUACCAGAGAGAUACACCUCCUCGUUUCCACAGUCACAAACGCCAGUCUAUAGGUAAAAGUGGGACACUCUUGAAGAGGAGACAAUCUUAUAAGCCUCGCCGAACAAUCGCACUUACUCCCAAACUCAUGACAUUACAGAGAUCACGUCCAGUGGAAGCACCUUCACUAGAGCAGCGUGAACAAAUGGAGUUGGAGGAAAUGAAAAAGCAUCAGAUUAAAGCACAUCCAAUGAAUGAAAAAAUAUUCAUGCCUCCAAAGCUCCCACCAAAACCUGAAAAGUCAAAGACAGAACCAGCUCCAUUCAAUUUAACUCAAGUUCCUAAAAAGAUGACUCAAAUUGAAGAUGAGCCAUACAAGUUCACUGCAAAACCUGCACCGAAGGCCAUAUUUGAGAAACCGGUUGGUGUUGCACCCAAAAAAGAACUCCCAAUCACUGUUCCUGAAUCACCUGCCAUAACAAAACCUACUUGGGCUCACAAACGAGUCAAAGUUGCAGCAAUUUCUAAUGAGUUUCAAGAAAGCACAGAAGAUCUUACGUCUUUUGGAGUACCAAUGCCAGAGUUCAUACCAAAACGAACUGAAGUGAAGCCAUUCAGUUUUGAAGUUCGGGAUAAAAAAAUCCUAGAGAAAAAAGAGAAAAAAAUGAAGGAGAUUAUUGAAGCAGAAAAAAAAAUGCGAGAAUUCAAAGCUAAACCCAUGCCUGCAUUUAUAGCUUCCAAAGACACAACAAUAUCUUCAUCACAAAAAUCCCAUUUGAACUGCUCAAAAAUGUCUCUUACAAGUGUUAAGGAGUCUGAAGAGCCCACCAAGUCAUUCAAGGCUCGCUCUCCACGUGUGUUGCGAAAGGAGCCGUUCAAACCAGUGACUGAGCACGCCCAUAGCGAGCCGCUUGACAUCCAGUUGCACACUGACCGCAGAGCUCUAGAGCGUCAGGAGUUUGAGAUGAAGAAGGCUGAGAAGGAGCAAGAACUGGCUGGCCUCAAGCAAUUGAUGGAGAUGCAAAAGAAGGAACAAGAAGAGGCUGAAACUGCUAAGAUAAGAAAGGAGACAGUUCACAAGGCUCAGCCUAUGCCCAAGUUUAAGCCUGUCCCUCUGAAUCCAAAAACAUCAUCCAAAGUACCACUGACCCUUCCACAAAGUCCCAGAUUCACAAAACGAACCCGAACUACAACUAUGUGCAGCUCUAAAGUUGUGAAAAAAUAAUGCAUUAACUCACAGACUAGAAUUUCUCAUAAUUUAAUCAGAUGCUGUUUUUAUUCUAAUGCUUUAAUAGUCUAAUUAUUUUAAUUAAGCCUAUUAUUUUUACCAUAUAUUGUAUGUUCUUUACUUGUUCUUUUUAGAUUCAAUUUUAUGUAUAUACACAUUGUUAUUAAUGUUGGUUGUUCUCAGUUGUGUAACCAGGUUUUGGUUGGGGGAGGAUCCUAAAGAAAUUAGUUCAGGGACCCAGGGGAGGUUGAGUCCACGAGGCUGUGCCUUAACCUUAAAAUAUAUUCCAGUUUUAAAUUUGUUUAUAUAUUUUAAUUAUUUACCUAUAAAUUGUCUGCUGUUUGUUGUAGGCUACCAAUGAUUACUUGAAGUUGUGACCUUGCUAUUAUCACUGAGAAAAGGAUAUGUUGACAAUUUUAGCCUAGGCAAAUUGGAUUAAAUAAAAAGUACUUUUUGA